AUCCCUGUGUCAAAGAUAAAAAUCGAGCAAUGAAAAAGCGGUUUGAAUUGUAUAUAGACCAAUCUGUCAGUGUAACUUUCACACGAAGUAGAAUAAGUAUCUCGUUAAAAAAUUAAUUGGAAAUUGAAUUUAUCGUAAUAUUAUCGUAUACCAAGAAGAGGAGAGAAGAGAAGAGAAGAGUUAAGAAAAGAAAAGAAAAGAAAAGAAAAGAAAAGAAAAAAAAGGAAAAGAAAAGGAAAGAAAAGGAAAGGAAAGGAAAGGAAAAAAGAAACAAGUGAAUUAAUGGGGACCGCGUCCCGUGAAGCUGGCCAUUUUCGUGAACCACCGUAACGAAAAGUGUGAUCGCGUUUGGAUUGGACUUGCAUGAGAUUAGCUGUGGACUGUGGGGUGUGGAGUCUUUUAUGCCAUAAGCUAUCUACGUACCCAUUCAAGAAUCUGCAACAUUUAGAUUCUUGUCAAGAUCCAAGUGGAAAAAUUUUUGCAUCUUACUCUACCGGAUAAAAUGAUCUCUAUUUUGAAUAAUCUUCUCAUUUUACUUGUUGUGUAAACGAUUGUUUAUGGAUUUUGUAUGAAGUAUCAAAACCGUGAAAUAUCGCCCAUCGCGAAGAAACUUGGCAAUCGAAGAAAGCGGAGAUGGAUAAUUCAGAAGAGCCAACAAGUUUGCAGUCCAUUUGUCAUAUACAUGCUUCAGAGUUAUUUCCAAAGCAUGCACAUUUCGAAUGCGAAGAUCAGACUCUUACAGUUCCAUUUACACCAUUGAGCGGGGAAUCUAUCGUAGCACUUGGACGUACAUCGGAUGGAAUAUUGGCCCUUUCAAAUUACAGACUCUAUUUACAAUUAAGUCAGACGUGUUACAAUAUCCCAUUGGGUUUAAUAGAGCAAUUAGAAGUUAAAGAAAUUUUUUUCUUGCAUAUUGCUUGUAAAGACGCACGUUCGCUAAGUUGCGCCUUUUCCACAAACGAACACUGUUUGGAAUGGUUCAAACGACUACAUAAACUGACUUAUCCACGUAAAAAUAUAGAAGAUAUAUUUGCUUUUGCUUAUUACGCCUGGUCCGUAGAAGAAGGUAAAGAUAGCUUGAAGCUUGGAAAAGAUAACGCUUCUUACAGUGGUACUUUUAAUUCUGAGGUAGAACGACUGAAAUUUAAUUUACACGGUACAUGGCGUAUAAGUCAGAUGAAUAAAGAUUAUCGAAUGUGUCCGUCGUAUCCACCGUUGCUUUUGGUUCCUGCUUGCAUUUCCGACAAGAUCCUUGAAACGGUGGCUAAAUUCCGAAGUUCUCGACGAAUUCCUGCCGUUGUUUGGAGGCACGUGAAGAAUGGUGCGGUGAUAGCACGAAGUAGUCAACCAGAAGUGGGAUGGCUUGGUUGGCGAAGCGCGGAAGACGAAGAUCUAUUGAAGGCUCUUGCAGAUGCAUGCUCCUACGAUAAAGGUGAAUCGACGAUGGUGGACUCUUCUAUCAUUUAUCCCGAUAAUAGCGACGAUGGUGUCGCAGGAAAUAGUAGCAAAAAAGUUUUAAUCGUGGACGCGAGGUCGUACACAACCGCCGUGGCAAAUAGAGCGCGCGGUGGUGGUUGCGAAUGUCCAGAGUAUUAUCCCAGUUGCGACAUACAGUUUAUGAAUUUACCUAACAUUCAUUCGAUACGAAAGAGCUUUCAUGCGGUGAGGCAACUGUGCGCAUCGGACGCGGAUCAACCCAAUUGGCUUAGUCUUUUAGAAGGAACACGAUGGUUACAACACAUGUCUGGAUUGUUACGCGCAGCUGUGACCGUAGCUUCGGCGAUCGAAAGAGAUGGUCGGCCAGUAUUGGUUCAUUGUAGCGACGGUUGGGAUAGAACUCCUCAAAUAGUUGCAUUAGCACAGAUCCUUCUCGAUCCUUAUUAUAGAACUAUGGAGGGAUUCCAAAUUUUAUGCGAGAGAGAAUGGUUAGACUUUGGACAUAAAUUCGCAGAUCGUUGUGGGCAAACGGUUGGCUGCGAAGAUCCAAACGAACGAUGUCCAGUAUUUUUACAAUGGCUUGAUUGUGUACAUCAACUAAUUCUACAGUUCAAAUGCAGUUUUCAAAUAUCUCCCGCAUAUCUUGUUAAACUAGCGCAACACACGUAUUCGCAGCUUUUCGGUACAUUUCUUUGCAACACGAGGCAAGAAAGGUUACAACUGAGAAUACGUGAGCGUACAUUUUCGGUGUGGCGAUUCCUUAAUUCCAGUUCGUUCGUAAAUCAUUUGUAUUCACCGUUAAAAAAUCAAGUAUUAUGGCCAAGUUGUAACGUACGCGACCUCGUUUUAUGGUCCGAAGUAUAUUUAGGUUCUAUGGAAUCUUCUCUCGGUAUCAGGGACGAUAAACAGAGGGUAACGAUGAUUGAUAUCGAGGGUGGCGAUAACGAGGAACCACAGGGACAAAUGACUAAAACUCGAUCGUACGGCGAUCUGAUGCAUGCUCCCGAUCAUACGGCCUAUCUACAUCGUAGACUUAGCGAUCCGAGUAUUUCGGUGGAAAAAAAAUUUGAUUCUUUGACGCUGGACACAGAAAGCGAAGAAAAGAUUGAAAAUCAGGUUGAAAAUUGUAAGAGCGAAAGAGUCGAUGAAAAUAGAGUGGAAAAGUUUGAUGAAACGGAAACACAGUACGCGAGGGUACAGGUGUUGAACGAUUCGCCGGUAAAUCCUUCGGUGGAUAGCUCGACAGACACUUUAAUACCCAGCAACGAUUCUUUGGUUGGUGUAAUGAACGUCGAUAAGGAAACUAAGGUUGUGAAAAAUUCACCGUCGGACAUGGUAUCACCAUGGAUCGAGAACAACACAAUUGGUCGAACCGUUUGCUCGUGUAGUCGUAAUUAUAAUCAGAAUCAGAAUCAGAAUCAGAAUCAGAAUCAGAAUCAGAAUCAGAACGAGGGUAGCAGCGACGUUAGCGAUACCAGUGCACCGUUAAUAUCGAGAACACCUAGCAGCAUUUGUCCGGCUUCGCCGACUCAUCAGGACGCGACGGCAGAUAAUCUGGACAGGCUGGACGAUGCCGAUGGUCUUCCAGUUAUUCAGUGCGACGUUCAGAUGCGCGUGCAACAGAUUAUCGUCGAACACAAGUUAAAAGAGGAAGCGCUAAGAAAAGAAUUACAUACAACGAGAUUGGCUUUGAUAAAACAAGUUUGUAAUCACAACGCAGACACUGAACGCGUCGACGAUAUCGGAUCGUUACCCGAUUCGGUAGGAAGUACCGGAGAUCAUGGGGAAUCAUUACCUUCGGAUAUGUCUUGGGAAGCAGUCGAAGAAUUAGGUCCUGCUCCUACUCUGUGGGUACCGGAUCACGCGGUGAGUCGAUGCAUGGGAUGCGAUACGGAGUUUUGGCUCGGAAGGCGUAAGCAUCACUGCAGGUGCUGUGGUAAAAUCUUUUGCGCGGAUUGUUCGGAGAACUCGACACCGUUACCUAGCGAGCAGUUGUACAAUCCCGUCAGGGUUUGUAGCGAGUGUUUCUCUCGACUUCACCGCCACGCAAGUCCCUGUCAGUGCAACGUGCGUCAUCAGAACAAGGGAGAGAACGAUGCGGAGCUCUCGUCGAAUUCCGAAAGUUUGAUAAAUUGUCAACGAUCGAAAGGUUUGCACCUGACGAAGGACAGUUGUUGCGACAAUCUAUUGCAGGCUGCGCAUCAAAAAACCCAACCUCCUCCGGUCACAGCGGCCACGAUCGAGACGGUGUAUUGAAUCUCGGUGGAAAUAAUGACCGUGUACAUAAAAUAGAGGGGUGCGUAGUUGAUCGGACCUUUGUCGGACAUGGUUUGAUGCACCUUGGUUUUUCGGUACCAGCUGUAAAAGUCAAGAGUCGAAUUGAACCAGAGAUAGAGGAGACUGCAGGUGGUUAAAGAUAUGGUAAAUCUACGAGCGUUUUUCUUAGUCGAGGAGAGAUCAACUUUCUUGUCCACCUGAAAUUAAUAAGACGGAUAAGAUGUAUUUAUGAAUGGUUAAUUUUAUCUACGAAUUGUCGUACCUCGAUUAAUUUGUUUACAACUACUUGCAGGUGUUUCCAACGAAAAGGCGAGCCAACGAUGCACACCACGGUUAAACUCAUUACCCCAAGAACAUCGCUACACGUCGCGAUCACCGCCGUUCGAAACUUGAGUCUAGUGCUAUGUACCCAACCGUCUUUCAGAUCUCGCCAGAGACCCCAAAUUUCUGCACCGAGCAGUAACGUUAACACGCAUAAGCUAAAAAAGCGUAAAAAAAAAAAAAAAAAAAAAAAAAAA